UACAGUGCAGUUGUCGAUUAUAGGCCCAUCAAUCAGUGGCACAAUUGAAUUGAAUGCUCUAUUGAGUGCAGAAUGAUCCAACGAUUGUAGACCAUAAUAGCCACGUUGCGACUUGCUAGAUUUUCGACUUUAUAACUCAGAUUUGACCAUAUAUCAUCGAUAAAGGUGAAACCAAUCCAUAUUUCCCCCCAAAGUUGCAGCCAUGACUACCGAAUAUGCAUACGGCCAUGGCAUCUCGUCUCACAAGGAGUAUCCACAAAAAGGAGACUUGCGUCAGAUGAUGAAGGAGUAUCCGCUCCCCAUGAUACCUUCUGGAAUGCUCAACCCGGCGUCUAUGGUCGGCGAUGAGCCAACUAACCAGGCGCGAGCCGUGCUCAAUCGCUUGAAUGCCGCAUUUACUUCUAACGACCCUAAGUUAGUUGAGGAUUGCUUCUUUCCCAGUCAAGCAUACUGGAAGGAUCAACUGGCACUCACUUAUCACCUGCGCACAUUCAUUACCGCUGCUGUGAUCGCCUCGAGUCUCCUGGAAACAAGGUCGAUGAGGGGAGUUACCGAGGGCCUUGCGAUUGAUGGUAGCGCGCAGUUUGUAACUGCCACGCAGACUCUACAAUUUAUCGAUUGUGGGAUUGUGUUUCGGACUGCCUCUCCAGCCGCUACUUGCACUGGGAAAGUGGUCCUCUUGCCCGUCAAAGGUCGAAUUGAUGACAAUGAGGCAAUUGAGUGGAGGAUCUGGGUUCUGAGUACCAUUCUAGAGAAUCUGGACCUACAAGAGGAGGAUGAAACAUUACUUCGCCUUCCUAGUAAACAGUAUGACGGGUGUGGUGACUUUGAAACAGAUGUUUUCAUUAUUGGAGGUGGAAACGCAGCGAUUACCCUCGCUGCACGGCUUAAAGCGUUGGGUGUAGAAAGCGUUAUGGCUGAGCAGAAUGCACGACCUGGCGAUAAUUGGACUUUCCGAUACGAUUGCAUGAGGUUUCACGUCCCAACAUCAUACAGCGACUUGCCCUACAUGCCUUAUGCUGCGGAGCUUCGACAUAACCACCUCCUAGCAAGAGAUGAGCUGGCCUCACAUGUACGACAAUAUGUGAAGUCCUUCAAUCUCAAUAUGAUCACCUCAGCCCAGAUUCAGUUGACGCAAUAUAAUCUGUCAACAAAAAGAUGGAUAAUCAAAUUCCAGGGCUCUACCGGAGAGUGCACUGCAGUGUCUAAACACCUCGUCCUUGCGACUGGUAUCGCAUCCCAGAAGCCUAAUAUCCCUUCAAUUGCAGAUAGUCAUCUAUAUCAAGGGCUUAGUAUGCACUCAGCACAGUACCGGAAUCCUAAACAGCUCGCUGACCACGGAGUUAAGUCUGUUUUGGUUAUUGGAUCCGCCAAUACCGCAUUUGAUGUGUUGGAAGACUGCCAUGCUGCGGGUCUCCAUACCACCAUGGUUGUUCGGUCUUCAACACACAUUGUUCCAAUAGAAUAUGUAACUGAUAAAAAGGUUCUUGGUCUAUAUGAUAUAAAUGUGGCCGCUGCAGAUCGACUCUACCUUACACUGCCAGCUUGUGUAGACAGCCACCUUACCCGCAGCAUGAUGGCAAUGUUAGCUGCACAGGAGCCAGAUCGCUAUGCACCUCUUGUAUCAAUUGGUUUUCCUGUCCAUGACAGUCUUCACCCAGACGCCGUGUUGAUGCAUAAUCUAAUUGAGCGCUCGGGCGGGCACUAUGUGGAUGUUGGCGGUACCAAGUUGCUGACAGAGGGUAAGGCUAGUAUCAAGUCUGGUGUUGAGCCCAUUGCGUACACGCCAUCAGGGCUGCGGUUAUCAGAUGGCAGCUCCAUCGACGCAGAUGCCAUUGUAUGGUGUACAGGAUACGCGGACAAGAACAUCCGUGAUUCUGCCGUCCAGAUCCUGGGCGGCCGUUCUCGUGACGAAGACAUAAACGGCAGUGAUGGUGAUAUGAUUGGCCCUGCCGCAAUUGCAACUCGCUUAGAUGCAACUUUGGGCAUCGACGCAGAGGGUGAAAUCCGCGGCCUGUGGAAGCGCCAUUUGCGACUCGAUAACUUCUGGGUUACAGGUGGCCAUACCCAGCACCACCGGUGGCACUCACGCACGCUGGCUCUUCAAAUCAAGGCAGCAGAAGAGGGUGUAUUGCCACCUGCAUAUCGGGAUACACCCCAUAUUUACCCAGAUUCAAGUAGUAUAUGACGCACUACAGCAGAAUCUAAUAUCUGUCACGGCUCGAUAACUAGUAGUUAAUAAUGACACAAUUCUCC